AUGUUCAUCCCAACCAGCACACUCACCACCCUCGCGGUGGCCUUCCUCUCCCUCGCCUCCGCAGCCCCCACCACACCCGCCCCGGCCUCUCCCCUCGAGGUUGAAGCCCGUGAGAUUGCUGCCCGCGCUAGAGGACAGUUCACUUGGUACAACACCGGCCUGGGCGCCUGCGGAAAGUGGAACAACGACGGUGAGCUCGUUGUUGCGCUUAACCGCCAUGUAUUUGAUCCUCAGACCCCGAAUGGGAACCCUAACAACAAUCCUUUGUGUGGGAGGAUGAUUCGGGCUAGCUAUAAUGGGAAAACGGUUGAUGUUAGGGUUGUGGAUAGAUGCCCUGGGUGCGCUGCUGGUGAUUUGGACUUGAGCCCGACUGCGUUUCAAAGGUUGGCGUCGCUUGGUACAGGGAGGAUUACGGGGGAUUGGUGGUGGAUUUGA